AUGCCAAUACCAGGAGGCGUUUACCAAAGCCAAGGGCCUUCUUGUUUCGAUAAAAUGAAAAUGGGUUUCAUGAUUGGAUUUUGUGUUGGUAUGGCUAGCGGCGGUUUGUUUGGUGGUUUUACAGCUUUAAGAUAUGGUGCUCGAGGACGAGAAUUAGUUCAUUCUGUAGGGAAAGUAAUGCUUCAAGGUGGAGGAACCUUUGGUACUUUUAUGGCAAUUGGUACUGGAAUACGCUGCUGA